AUGCGCAAUACGCUUCCAAUCCUCGCUCGACAACCCACUGAUCACGUCCGCGCUGGCUCGCCUUCCCUAAUAGCAACACCACCACAACCGAUCCCCACGAUCCGCUUCGUCGCUGCAACCCCAUCAGAGGCAAACACGACAGUCAACCGCAACGAAGUAGCACCAUGGGCGAACGGUCCCUCACCAUCACCGCUGGCACCUAAAGACGCCAACCUACCACGCAAACGACUCGUCCCCAAGAAAUCCAAGCUCGGUAUGCUUGGCACAGGGAUCGGUGCACCCAAAGAACGCACACAGGACUUCUCUGACGUCGUCCGACGUGUUGGCGGUUCGACUUCGACAAGUAGGAAUGGAGGGUACGAAAUAUAUGUCGACCCUACGGAGGAUCCGGAUCUUGGUGAGCUUUUGAUGGUGAAGAAGAAGAAAUCACGAGCUGGGUUAGACGGGCUUCGGUGGGGUGCCCUGGGAGAGGUAACGAAUGUCCCAACGACAACGAAGCAGAAGGAUAAGGAGAAUAAGAAGGUCAAGGAUGGCCUAUUGAAAGUGAAGGUUGAUGAGAAGGAGAAGUGGUGGAGUAUUGGCCGCGGGAGGAAAGAUUCCAAGGAGAAGGAAAAAGAGAAGGAUAGAGCAAAGUCUCCCGAACCGACCGCGAAGCCUUUAAAACCUAUUGACUCGCGGGCACGGUUCAAUUCGCUAGACUCGGGUAUCCUUCUUGAUAGUCCCAUUCAAACGCACUGUCCAUCAUCGGGAUCCAAUUCUCCAACCUUCGCAACAGAUAACUUACCCAAGCGAUCUGCUACGCCCACAUUUGAUCCUGCCGCGCCUGCUACUGGCGGGUUACUCUUACCGCCUGGUGCGGUAGGCAAUGGCAAAAACUCUGUCGCCAUCCGUGCCAUGAGAUCAGUCAGGUCUUUGGCAAGAAUAGGCAGCUGGGCGCAGCUAAAAAACAUGGGCAAUCCAGAGGAAGGCGACGCACCUGUGAAGAGUAAGCUGAAGGAGAACAAGGACAAAGACAAGGAUAAGGGCGAACCAAAAAAGAAAAAGAAAAAAAAGGAGAAGGAAAAAGAGAAGGAGAAAGAAAAGGCGCAGACGAUACGUUACUCUGGGAGUAGCUUUGAGGCUGGCGCAUUGUCAGCGAGCCCUGAAGGUAUGACGUCCAAGACCCUCGGUAGGAAGAAGGCGAGCAUCCUUGGUAUUGGAUUGGGCUUGCCUACGACUAUGCGACUUCCAUCGGUACGCAGCGGGUCGACGGCGUCUUCGGUUGUGGCUACUGCUCAACCAGCGAACAACCGUUUGUCGGUGGACUCGGCAACGAUACUGGGCGGCUUCCAGAUGAGAGAUCGUUCUGGCUCGGUGAUGUCAACUGCUUCAUCACUCCGACCGAUGUCAACGUCUUCGGGAGUAUCUGGAUCUUCUGGUGGCAGCUCAGCUGCUGCUUCUGUGCGAUGGGAUGAGGCUGGGAUGGACACUGUAAGGGAAAGGAGGAAGAAAGAGAAGUUGAUCAGGAAGGAAGCCAAAGAGGCUAGGAAAGAAGAGAAGAAGAAGAGCAAGAGGAAGUCGAAGAGCGAGAAGGAUGGGGGGAGUAGGAAGACCUCGGAGAGCAGGAGACGUACACCGCUGGCGGCUGUGUUCCCACUCGCUGAGAAAGAUCGAGCACAGCAUGAGGCACCUGUUUUGACCCUAGAGGAGGCUACAGCUGACGGUCAUAGCCCUAUAGACGAGGAGUCUAAUGGUUCGCUGUUGGAAACUCCCGUGAAACGAGCUCGCGCGCGACCUCGACCUCUUUCUGAGCAGUUGUUGGGACGUAGUCGUCCACGGCCACUUUAUGAAGACGACGAGGAUAUCGGGGUCAUAUCAAUUUUGGACGCAGCGACCAACGAUCUUGCGCAGCUGAUUAACCAUUUGGAUCUCGAAGCCACCCCUGCCACCCCCGACCGAACACCAUUCAAAUCAUCGCCAUUCUCCGCUGAGAAGCACAAAAACGAUGGGAGCCCUGUCAAGAAUAGGCUCACAGCGGACAGCCCUUUGAAGAAUGGUUUACGUGCCAGCUUGGCGUCGUUGAAUUCUCUUCGGCCGUAUGGUCACUUACGGGGAAAGGCCUCAACGGUAUCGCGUGUGGACCAGAUCCUCGGUCAGAACAUUGCUCCUUGGACCACUCUCAGCGCUUCAAUUUCCCCAGCGAAGUCAUCUGGCACUGUCAGGGCUAGUGUGGGGCAGGAGAACAUUCCUGUUCUCAGGCUCCCAACUGACCACAAUAUGAGUCCUGCACCCCCUACGGAUUCGUCGCCGGUGUUUAAGCCAUUGCGCCCUGCGAAGGCAAAGUACUCCAUUGCUGCCCUUAGGACUGCGGCCGCAUCUCCCGUAACUACGCCUCUUGCUGUCAAUGACAAUGCUGCCAACCGCUCGCCGUCAGCUCUUACAUUUGGCUCUGCGCACUCCAAGUCUGAUUCGCAUGGUAGUUUGUCUGCUAGUCCGGUCUUCAAGAAGGCUCAUAGCCACUCUCGAAAGCACUCGUCACUUGUGCCUGCUGAGUACCUGAAGAACCAAGGCAGCAUUGGUAAAUCCUCUGGCAGCCCGAGUUUGCCCAUAGCCCCAGAUGCCCGACGGAAUCUCGGUCUCGCUGGUACAAUGGGUGGAUCCGUUGGAAGCAAUGCAAAUGUGGAGUUAGAUGCGAGUGACCCUGACUCUGAUAUCCCUGACGAGCUCCAGGUCAUUCUGUCUGGCCAAUCUGAUGGGGGUUCUGUUCAUGACGUGGACGACACGCUAUCCUUCCGCCCUGAUCUCGUUGAGGCCCCAUUACCAUCACCAGGUCUUCCUCCCGAGAUGCCAUUGCCUACCCCACAGCUGAGCCCAUCAUCAUCUACUGACAAAAUGCCUGUGUUCCGCGCUCAGCUUAUCGACGAAGACGACAACCAUGCCGAUAUCGAUGAGGGAGGGAUGUCUUCCGAGGAUGACACCAAGAAGUCGUUCGAUUUCACUGGAGAAUUGCAGAAGCUCAACGAAUCUGGAGGAUCUGACCGUCGUAGUUUCGUGGAACAGCUGGAGAAUGCUUUCCGUACGCCAGCUAAGAUUGACCUCCGUUACGAUUUUGGAGUUCAGCUCAACGACGGUUUGUUGUCCGGUGAUGUACCUCCUGUACCAAAGAUCCCGUCACUGUAUGCUGAGCUGGCCAUGGCUGCCGACAGCACGUACAGCGAUUGUGCUUCAUACUCCGGUCAAGACUUUCCUCUGGAUGCCAACCUCGAGCCAUCUUUGCUUCCUGGUACCGAUAGUCUGGCGAGCAGCGAACAUACCGAGGAUGAACUGAUGGAUGAUGAACCUCGCCAAAUACUCAAGAAUGUAUCUUCAAUGGGUUCGAGGCCGUCUGAUGGUCAGUUGAACAGGGACUUCAAAUUUGGUGGCAGACCUUCGCCUCCGAGGGUGGUUGAGGAAGAACCUAAGGAUAUGCCAAUGGAGCUUACGCUCUCUGAUAUUAUCCCUCCUUUAUCUCACGCUCGUGCGUUAUCCACAGGCUCUGCUAUCGAAGAUGACAGUGUCUUGAAGUCUAUUUUCGCCAAGGCCUCAGAGAUUCCAUCCCCAGCCCCUCGGAUGCGUCUCGAUUCAGACUCCAGCUCGAAGCGUCGUGCUCGGGGAGUGGCUAGGACUUCGCUGAUCCCGGGUCACUACAGGAAUUCUUCAGACCUCAGCUUCGCAGGAUUCGAUUCCUUUGCUGAGGUUAGACGUGGCUUUGAAUUCGCCAAUCGCCCCGAUUUCUAUCCUCCCCCAGGCGCUACUUCUCACGGUCACCAUGGUCGACAUGAAUCGGUUUUCAGCAUCGCGUCGGUCUCAUCUUACGGUCAUGUCAUCAACCCAGGUUCAUCAGAUCCAUUCGAGUAUGGUCCUUCUGGUUUGCCAAGCCUGCGCGAGAGGCCAUCGUCAGACGACUUUUCUUUCUCGAUGUCCAUGUCCGUUGACGACACUUUCUCAUUCAUUCAUCGUCAAGCACCUCGAAAACGAGUUGACAGUGAUGCUUCCAGCUUCUAUUUCCGAGCAGGCCGGUCUUCGGUCCAUUCACAGGUCCACCCCUACAACCGCAGUCAUCGUCGACACGAGUCCACUGCUUCGGUCAGUUCCAUGGCUCCUCCUGUUAGUAUGUACAAUCGUAGCUUUGGGCACCACCGCCGGAACGAAUCCAACACCAGUACAAGUUCAGUUGCUCAGUCGUAUGCUAUGUAUGGCGCUAAUGGUGGCCGUGCUGCAUGGGCGAGGCAUCGCCCCGAUUUCUCGGUCGAUUCCAUGGCAAGUGAUUACUCUGCUGUUCAGGUUGGGCGCCCCGGGCUUGGAGACAAGAUGCUCGACUCGGCUCCUGAUUAUGGAAUGCCUUUGACCGCUAUUUCGGCGUCACCACCCGAAAGCUUAGCUGGCAGCGUCAGAAAUGAUCAUUAUGGUAACAGGACCUCGUAUGAUUCCAUCAUGGACGGCGAAGAACCCAAAUUCACAUACACCCUACCGGACGAUUCGCUGUUUGACAAGACUGGCCAUAGGACAUCCGUUUCUUCCGACUGCGUCUUUGGCAAUGAUGACUCUUUCUACCCGCGACGAAAUGCCGCUGGUCGAUAUAGACCUAUUUCUGUCCUUAGUGAGAUGAGUGUCCACAGUCCUGCUAGGGAAGAUGACACCAUGAUCAGCAUGCUUGGUGGAGGCCACGUUCGACGUCGCUCUCUCGUGUCGCAGAUCGAAGGUUCGCCUUGUGUUCGACAGGAGAAGAAAAAGCACACAGUUUUCGAUGCUCCUGAACCCGCUUUCCAGAUCAAAGGUGACGUUUUCAACAGUUACGACUCACCAAACAUGUCAAGGAUAAUACCGAAGCCAUCCAUCGCGUCGACUGCCAACUCGUUCAAGUUUGGCGACGAACGUAUGAUUAGGGCUAAACAUGGACUGCUAGAGAGACAGAGUCUCGAAGCAUCUGCGCUCAUUGCCGACGGCGAGGAUAUAUCCUUGUCAAUGUCUUUCCGCCCGCAACCUGUGUUCUCUCGACCUGGCCCCGCCACACGUUCACGAUCCAGUACAUGUACGUCAAGUUCUGGCGGAGACACACCUCCACUUUCUGCAUCAGAUGGCUACUCUUCUUUCUCGGAAGGCUCUCAAUCCAGCAUCGAUCUCUCUCACAUCAACUACAUGUUGUCUAACACUACAUAUCCUAUGUCAAACGCUGCUCGCGCUAGGAUCCGCCCCCGUGCUCGCGGACAAGGUCAUCGUCGGCGAAUCUCACAAGCUCGUGCUUCUCGUGCUUCCAUCUACGAGACAAUAGAAGAGGAGAUGUCGGUCGCAGGCUCUCCCAUGACAGUCUCGAUGGCCCCUGGAUCUGCCACCAAGACUAUUGGUCCCGCCGCUAUGUCGUCCGUGUAUGUCGUUGACCCUGAAACUGCGUCUGUCGACUCAAUGUCACUCUGGGACGACGAGCGUGGUAUUACAGCACUUCGGAAGUACUAUGCACUCAGAGACGAGGCCCAAGACACUGUACAGGAGAGCAAGCGCGUUUGGAUGGACACUCCCUUUUCGGUGUUCGCUGUUCAAUCUUUUGACCCUCCCAGGCAUCCAAACGGAAUGCAGGCACUUCUUGAGCACUCCAUACAGAACUACGGACCCCUUCCUUCGGAUCUUCGUCCACGUUGCAUGCGCUCACGUACUCACUCACGACCUUCACCUUACCCUCGCCAAAUUAAGACGUCCUUCUCUUCUUCACCUGCAGCAGAACAGGCGCGGGCUACAGCAUUCGUGUUCACUGACAACAGAAACGCGAGCGCUGAAACUACCGCAGCCCCACCACAGUCCAAGGUAUUGCAGCAAGUGUCUAUUAAUCCGAACAUCAUGUCACCUCCACCAGAAAUGGCUGACAAGGAUAUGGGCGUGCUGAAAAUGAAACCAGAGCAAGUGUUUGGACUUCCACCGCGUCCCAGGGUGGCCUCAACUGCUCGUCGAACAGCUCUCGGAUGGGCGAAGCGAAGCACUGGACGGGAGAACAAGGAAAACGCCAAUAGUAGCCAGAGUAUGAAUAUGUCUCAAGGGAUAACCAUGACUCCCGCGGAAUCAUUGAGGCUCAACAGGCCCCGGCCGCGUGGUCGUCCUACGCCUGCAUCUGCGAGACCAAUCAGAAUUUGA